UGCUGCUCGCAUCUGAGUCUACUGCAGCUUCUUCAAUGUGAAUAUUCUCAAUUUGUCGAUUGUCUAACUUUUCAUUGGACGACAGUUGAUUAUAAUUCUUCCUCAGAGGUCGGGAUUCUGCAACAAAAUAGGCGCUGAAAAUCAUGGAUCCCAGUUCGCCAAAAGUGGCCGUCUUGGGCGCUGGCGUGGUGGGUAUGACAGUGGCUAGGCUGAUUCAGGAUGAACUCAGGCACUCAAAAGUCACCGUCGUUGCUGAUACUUUUAAAGAUGAUACACUCAGUACCAUAGCAGCCGGCAUCUUCCGUCCGGGGACCAGCUUCCGAGGCCCGAACAAAGAGACUACACAAAAAUGGAUCGACGAUUCGUGGCAUUAUUUCCAAAAUAUUUUAAACACAUCUGAAGCAGUGAACGCCGGCAUUAUGCCGGUGUCAUCAUAUAUAUUCUCAAAGAAUAACUAUCACGUGACAAGAAACCAUCUUAUUGAACAUUUGGUGCCAAUAUACCGACCGGUUGAUGACAAUGAACUAAAUAUAUGUGGCGAAGGUUGGAUGUAUGGUUCAUACUUCUCAACGAUAAAAACAGAAUGCAGUGCGCACUUACCGUGGCUGGAACGGAUAAUACUUGAGAAAGCUGCCAAAAUAAUAAAAGGUAAAAUCGAUAACUUUGCAUCAUUAUCGCAUUUUGACUUAGUUUUUAAUUGCACAGGUUUUGGCGCGAAAUAUCUGUGCAAAGACAACGAUUUGGUUCCGCUGCGUGGGCAAGUGAUAAAGGUUAAGGCACCGUGGUUAAAAUCAGCUUUCUAUGGGGAUUAUGACUCUUAUAUUAUUCCUGGUUUUAAUGGAAUCGCUACACUCGGUGGGACGCGGCAAUACGACAGUUACAAUGUCGAUGUUUGCAAGUACGACGCGGCGGGUAUCAUGGACAGGUGCUGUGAACUGGUGCCGGGACUGCGCUCAGCAGAGGUUCUGGCGCACCGCGUGGGGUUGCGGCCGCACCGCAUGCCGGUGCGCGUGGAGCCCGAGACAGUGGACGGUCUGAAGAUAGUUCACUGCUACGGUCACGGUGGCUACGGUGUCAUGACGGCACCUGGUACGGCUAUGCACGCGGUGCGAAUCGGGCUCGACUCACUUAGGAGCGGCAGCUUUAGAAAUAAGCUUUAACUAGUUAUGUAAUUAUACGGAACGGAAUCAAUAUAAUAUUUUUUAAUACAGUUGCUCAAAAAGUGCUACUUUUCGUGGCUGUUUAGCGUGCGGAAAGUUGGUUUUCGCGAACUAGUGCUUUUUACUUUUCCAAUUUUUUAAAUUUUUACUUGUUCCAAUUCAUGACUACUUAUUGAUGAGUGUUAAUAUUAGUUUCCUUUAAACGUCGUAAUCAACAUAAAAACCUACUGUUAAUGUAAGAAUACGAAAAAAAUGCAUAUUUCAUAUUUUAUUACUUAUCUCUUCAUCAUUAUAAGUAUUAACACGUUUAUUUUUUAAUGUUGAAAAACCGUUCUUAAUAAGUUGUCUGAAUGGAACGGAACGCCUGUCAAAGAAGAGGCGUAUUUUCUUACUGCAAGAAUGUUUUAAGUUUCCAAAGGCAACAUUCGAUAUUGUUUUUAUAAAUAUACGAUACACGAAUAAUCGUAAAUAACGAUAUUUAGGUAAUACUAGUACAAUGUUUUAAUAUUUACAAUUGUUUCUAUCUUAUAGAACAUGCAUUUGAAAAAAAAACUCAUUGAAGUGGGUUCAAUAAUAAUAACAAAAUCCAUUCUAGUCGGAUAAAAGCUAAAAAAACACCUCUUCAUAAUGUCAAUGUCAAUGCAUGAUGUCACAGAAUUAAUAAUAUAAAAGUUUCGAAUUUCUUACUUGUUGCUUUUCUUUUUUUUUCGCAACUG